AUGCAACAGAAAACCAAGAAGAAAAGAUCUGAAACUCAAAACACAAAUUUUGUCAACAUAAACUCUUUCCAUGACUUGAGUGCCAUCAACCAAAUUAUUGACAUUUUCGAAAAAUCCAGCCCUGGUCAAGACUCAAAUAAAUAUUUUGUUGAAGUUCUCAUUGAGGGUAAACCGCAAACCUUCGAAGUGGAUUCUGGCGCCGGAAUUACGCUCCUUCCGGAACCAGAUUUUCAAAAAUUGAAUUUCAAUAAGGCAUUACUCAGGCCGACUCAUGUUCAAUUUCGUUCCUACACCUCCGGAAUUUUCAAACCUCUUGGGGUCGCAGAAGUUACAGUACAAUACCGAGAUCACAAAUCGACCGAAUUACUAUUCAUAGUACCAGCUCAGUUUUCGCCACUCCUGGGUAGAACCUGGAUUAGACAUUUGAAAAUUAGCCUUGGAGAUAUCGACGAACAAAAUUCUACAUUAUCAAAUGUAAACUCACUUGACAUUAUUGCAGACAUAAUGAGAGAUUUUGCUGAUAUAUUUGAGCCCAAAGUCGGAUGUGUACCUGGAAUCACUUGCUCCCUCGAGUUGCGCCCUAAUUCAAGACCAGUUUUCAUCAAAGAACGACCUGUCCCAUACGCUCUGUUGGAGAAGGUUAAUAUCGAACUGGACAAUCUCGAGAAAUCAGGCAUUAUUUCAAAAAUUGAAGUUAGUGACUGGGGUUCUCCUCUAGUCAUUAUUCCAAAGACUGACAAUUCGCUUCGUCUUUGUGUCGACUACAAGAUUGGCGUCAAUAAACAACUCAAAUCGGCUCAUUACCCUAUAAGAAAGAUUGAUGAUAUUCUCAAUAAUCUUCGAAAUUCAAAAUUUUUCUGCCAUUUGGAUCUUUUCAAAGCAUAUUUACAUAUUCAAGUAUGCGACGAAAGCAAGGCAAUUCAAACCAUCUCAACACAUCGAGGUACUUACCUCAUGAAUCGUCUUUCGUUUGGUAUCAAAACCGCGCCAAGCGAAUUCAACAGAAUUCUCGAUCAGAUUUUGGCUAAUCUAGAUGGAGUCAUGUCGUACUAUGACAACAUAAUCGUCCACGGCUCUACAUUUGAAGAGUGUAAGCAGAGACUGAUAGCUUGCCUCGAAAGGUUAAAAAAGAACGACUUGCAUCUGAACAAAGCAAUUGAUUCAUAA